UUAUUUACUAUGAAUGAUCUUUUAUUUCCUGACCCAUGCGAGAGACCUGUCAUUUUAGGACGAAUGAUCGCGUUCAUUCAUGAGUAUCAUUGUAUAUAUGUGUCAGACAGGUAGCCAUUUACCUAUGUAUAAACAUAUAUUUUAUUUGUUAGGUGAGAAAUAACUUUCUAAGGUUGUCAUCAAUUGAGGAAACAUGUGCUCGAAAAAUAUAUCAGUGAACAUAUCGACAACGUUGUGAUGAUGGAAUAAACAGGGAGAAACUUAGUUAAUGCUGCACAAUAUUUGGAACAACGGAUUUACUUACAUAAUUAAUAAGAAAGGAUAAUACACAUUUGAUGAGAGAUGGAUGGCAUGAUUCAUCACCAACAGAGAAAUUUCAAGGAAAUGUUCUAGUGAAUACUCUCCUUAAAAAAUAUCCAGGUCGGUUUCAAAGUCGUUGGGCUGCCGUAAAGUUUGCCAGAGGCCUUUUUCGUGACGGCAUUAUAAACAGUGUCGCUAAUCUAAAAUCUUUCGAGGAUUCUGGACAACUUUAUACGUGGCCAAAUAAUGACUCCUCCGCCGAAUGGCGUAAAAUGACGUCUCACGAAGAACAUUCAAAUUUCCGAGGAUACACUCCGAAAAAGAAAAACUUCAACGACCAAGAAGAUAUCGAUAUUAUCAAGAGUGUGAAAUCCGCUCUAAGUGGAGCAAAACAAGAUACAUCUUUAAUCAGUAAAUUCUUCAAGGAUCUUCAGAAGGAUUUUCUUGAUUCUAACUCGCCACAGAAGACACAGCCAUCUGAGCGUAACUGGAUUAAUCCAAGAUUGAGUACUGCGUCUAGUGAAAGUUCUGCUGAUACAAUUACUCAUAGCUAUUCAAAAUUCAAAGACAAACCUGGAAGUAAAGUAAAUAAUAAUCAUAAUUAUCAAAUGGGUUCUAAUACACGAAAUUAUAGUUCAAUACCCGAGGAAGAUAUGCCUGUCCUUGACCGUUCUCAUGGUGGAUCUUCUUUAGAGUAUGAAUUAUCAGCAGGUAAUCCAUCCAAUGGCAGACGAUGGCAAGAAGCACAAUUUUGUUAUUCAGACAAUGAAAAACAACUUAUUGAAGAAAUGAAGAAAAUGAAACGAGAUCAUAAUGAAUCAAUACAAGCUUAUGAAGAAAGAAUCAGUAAACUUAUGGCCAAAAUGCAUGAACUUAAAGGUAUUGCUGAAAUGUUGGAAAAUUCUAGUACCAAAGGUUCACCUUACGGUUUACUUCCUGGUCGAGCACAUCUUAUAAAUAUUUUAGGGAAUAAACAGGACAAGAAACCCAUAGGAUCUACAACGGGUGGAUUUAUCCCUCCUCCAUUACCGCCAAGACCAACCAAAGGCAAUAAAGUGUAUCCAAAUAAACCUAUUAUUCAUCCAAAAUGUAAAAUGAAACAUUUAGAUUGGUCAAGGAUUAUUCUUAAAGAUGGAUCACAAAAUUCUUUAACUACGUUAUGGCACAACAUGGCAGAGCCAAAAAUUGACACAGACGAGCUUGAACGGCUAUUCCGAUGUUUUAGUGGAGUAGGAAAUAGUCUCUACGAUGAUAUUGUAAAUCGUCGAGGGAAGUCAAAACACCAGUAUGUGACCAUUCUAACCGGUGACCAGUCACGGCGUCUAGUCAGUACCAUGAAAGUAUUGCCGUGUGAGUUACCGACUGUUGUAGAUGGUCUAACAGCGAUGGAUUAUCAGGCCGUACAAUCAGAUAGAUUCGUGGAGCUUGUGGAAAUUCUUGCUACCUGUAAUGAAAUAGACACAAUCAUGUACCACGUGAAAAGAAAAGGAUCAGCUAAUAUUGAUCAUCCAGAAUUUUUCAUCAGUGAAAUUUCAAAAUUGGAUCACCUGAAAGACAGACUUGAUUUCAUGAGAUUUAAAAAGAAAGUUCAGUGGCACUUAUUUGAAAUAGAUCAACAACUACGUGAACUUCAUACAGCUUGUGAUGAAAUUUCAAACAGCAUGGCCUUAAAGAACUUGAUGGAAACAUUACUAGCAGUGGGUAAUUACGUUAAUGGAGGUACAGAGGAAGGACAGGCAGAUGGAUUUACCAUAGAAACGAUGAACAAACUGAAGGAAAUACAAGAUCAAGAUAAUAAAAGUAAUUUACUGGAGUUUGUUUUGAAAAUGUAUUGUCAGCUUUAUGAGACUGAAGUUGAUGUUAGUUGUCCCACUAGGUUCAGACUUCCAGAACCAUCCAAUAUGAGACAUGCUGCUCAGGUUUCGUUUGAAAGCAUUCAAGAAACUUUACAAAAUCUUCAUGGUGAAUUGAAGAUUCACAAGGAAAAAGUUGCUGAGCAGUUCUCACAGAACGGAAAUAAUGAGAAUACUUUCCAAAUAAAAUCAACAAUUGAUAACUUUCAUACUUCAGCUAUUGAGAUGUUAACAGAAGAAGAACGGUUAUUGCACGAUACAAAAGAUGUCUAUCAAAAGACUUCAACAUAUUUUCUUUAUGGUGAAGCGCCGAAUAAACCACAGAACUUUUUUCAAAUAUGGGCAAUAUUUCUACAUGACUGCAAAUAUUACUGGAAGCUGGCACAUCGGCGAAUCGCUAAAGAAAGAUUCGAACUUGAAUUUAAAUAUAAAGGACAAACGUCUAUGGGAGCUUCGCAUGGCUUUGACAACUACAGAGCAAAUAUGUUGCGACACUUGACAACCCUCAGGAAUACCAACGAUCCAAAAGAUGGUUCAUUGCAUGUCAAACAUUUAAACAAUUGGAUGGGCACAAAUGAAGUUCCUAUUAAACAGGAAAAGUCGGGGUCGGUAUAUUCAUCACAUCAAAUGGACAAUAAGCAGAAAUAUACACCACAAAGAAGUACGUCUCCGAAACCGCUUACCUCAGAUCCGCCUGAUUCAGCUAGUGUGCAUAAACCUCAACCAAUGAAAAGUGGAUCUACUCCUCCGCACUAUGAAAAUCAAAAUGAUUUUGAAAAAGUAGUGUAUGGUUCAAAACAUGAAAUUCAAAGUGAUGAAAGGAGUGGUAAUUCAGACAAAACAGACAAAUCACAGUUUUCUUUUAAAUCUUGGUUAAAGAGAGAACCAGGGAAGAGGCAUAAUAGCGGCGAAAGUAAAUCUAGUGGUGAGGACAAACGUUUAGAACAAACAAUUGAAAAUGGUAAACGUACAUCAGGAGAGACAACCCUUUCUAAAAUCAAACAUUCAGUAGUUCAAAAAUUUACUAGUUCGACAACAACAUCAAAGCAGCGCCAUCAACAGUCCGUCCAAAAUAUAUAUGUAACAACAACUGAAAAAGCAUAUCAAUCGCCACCCUCAUAUGUGCCAUUGAGCUUAAAUGUAAAUGACAUUGACCCAUACGAGACAAGCUUAGGGCGGGAAAGUAGGUAUGGUACGAUGUCAUCAGAAAUAGAUUUGCGACCGAAUGGAUUUGAUAAAGGGAAUUUAAAUGAUUCAGAUUUGCAGGUUAAUUCUGCUGAACGCAGGAGCAAGUUCGAUGCUUCUAAGUUCACAUAUAAAGGAGUGAAAACACGACAAGGUUCAGAUAUUUCUACAGAGUACGCAUCAUUAUAUCACACUCCUCCAUUUUCUUCUCCGCCAGUGACCCAUAUCGAUAAGGAUGGGUACGCAUCUCCCAUCAUUCUCAACUCUACAUCGAAAAGUGAUAUUAACAAUAAUGAUACUAAGUUGCGAGGACAAGGUCGAGAUCCGAGAAAUCGAGCACCCCUAGCUCUUGGUAGUAACAUAAGUAUUUCAGACGCUUAUAAAAGAUCUGAUACAGAACAUACUGACGCCAAGAAAUUGCAUUUAGAAAAGAAGGAUAAAUUUGCUAACGAUUCUGCAGUGUAUCCUCACUCAUCACAUGUUUCUCGUUCUGGUCAUUAUCCGAGUGAAACUCCAACGAGCAGAAGUUAUAACACAUUAGAACAUAGUGAAACAAAUGUUAAAUCAACUUAUCCAUAUUCAGAUUCACGUGCCAAUGAAAAUUCACAUCAUUUAUCAUCCGUUAAAAAACCUUGGGAAAUUGCACGCGAUCCACCUGCAAAACCGGAAAGAGUGUUGGAAAGAUAUCCGGGCAGUCAAAAUCUGUCCAUUAAUCCGGAAAGUGCACAUAGGGAAGUGAGAACUAAUCAGCAAUUUGGGAUGUCUAAUGAUCAAAUACCUCAAAAUAAUGAUAACAGGAAAUAUAUAUCUAGAACUGCAAUUAACCGUGCUCCGAUAACAUCACUGAUCAAACGAUUUGAAAAAGACCACGAACAUGAUUUAAAUAAGGAAUCUAAUGAACAGCCUACUAAACAAAUCAUGUUGUCGACAUCAACACCCAUUACACCUCGACGACCAAUGACAUUGCACGAAAAUGAUGAUGAUCCACCACCUCUUCCGCCACGGUACGACUUCCAUUCGUCAUCUAAUAAACAAGGGUUUGAAACAAACUCCCAUCAGCAGUUUACACCACAGUUUUCCGAAACAGCAAAAUUGCAAAGAACUCCUUUGAAACCCAUUCAUACGCGAGAAAGCACAGGAACAAGCGAACAAGAGGAAGGUUAUAAGGAUAAAUUGCGUAAAGCGGCAACUAGUGCGGUUUUUGAACGUUAUAAAUCUCAGGGUACUCCUCCGAAACGUCAAGGUGGUGAAACACAGACUCCGCAGUAUGGUCGACAAAGUAGCAAUCAGUCUCAAUUCAGUCAUCAAAGCAGCCUCAAUCAAGCUGCAGUUACUCCGUCAAUAAGACAAAACCUUCCAUUUGGGCGCCAUGAUGAUGCGGCAUUUUCAAAUCCUUCAUUACUCUCAUAUACACCUCAACAGCAAACUCCCCAAUCUCAGAGCCGAAAAGCUGGACUUGGCCGGUUUGCAAAUAUUUCAACACACCAAGCAUCAAAUUCGGAUAAUAGAUCCUCAAUCCAUUUAUGAAAUGCAUUAGUAAGAUUUUCUUACCUCAAACCAUAAGAGAAAUAUAUUUCGUUUACUUUAUAUUUUUAUAUAAUAUAAUAUAUUAAAUUUUAUAAUACUUA